UUCUGGCUUCAGUCUUCAUGUCCUCUCCCCAGCUUAUUCUUAUCCCUCAUUUUUGCCAUCAUCCAAAUGUGUCUAAUGACUUCUGAGAGGAUCAUGAGAGAGUGAACUCUUGGGGUAGAAGGGGCUCUAGCUGUAGCCUUCCAGAUCAUGAUGCCCCUCAUGCAUCUGCCUCCUUUGGGCUGCGGUCUAUGCCCCCUUUGAUGUGACACUGCCAGUGUCAGUCCGCAUGGAGUUCCGUUCUGGCUCUUGAGACUCAGUCUCAGAUUAGCCUUUCCUCCCAUGUGCUAGGUGCUUGGUAUUUCUACCCCUCUGGACUCCGGACCUUCCACCCUGCUAUGCUCUCCUGGUUGGCAGCAAAGGGUAGCAGCAGGAGACAGGACGUGUGGGAAUCAGGAGAAUUCACACCAGAUUUCCAGGAGCUGGAAAGCGGGGUGCUCCAGCACACGUCUGAGUGGCAAGGUUUGUCCCAGGAAGACACCCAGGACAAAAGGCCAAAGGAGAUGGGUUCCCUGGAGGCCCAGCUGGCUGGCCUGAGGCAGGAGCUGGUGGCCAUCAGCCAGAGACAGGCUGCAAUGGCCCAAGAAAUACACCUUUGGCGAGAAAAGAUGGUGGCCCUGCACAGUGACGUGAGUCCUCCAGUCCCCUGGUUAAGCAAUGCAUGCCCCUUGAUCUCAGGUGGGCUGCUGAUGCCCGGAUAUCUGCCCAGGGAGCUGCAACCAUCUGAGGUUUCCACAGGGCACCUGCUAAAGAUUGAGCCUAUUGGGGGACAUUGUGACAUGGAUGAGAUUUUCCUCAUCUGUCAA